AAAAUUGAACCCAGCAACAACUUUAUUUUUAAUUGAAAAAGAAAAAAACAAGCUAAAAACCAAGAAGCCGACCCGAGGCAUUGUGUUGAGAGAGCGCAUAUUCGUAUCAAAUCUCUAGUUUCUGACUGAGUGAAAGUAGAAGAGAAGAGAAGAGAAGAGAAGAAGUAGAUGGAGAAAGGAAAGGGAGUGAUGGGAGCAGGUCGAAGAUGGGCCGUUGACUUGACUGACAACUCAACCUCCCCUUCUUCCCGCGACGUCCCUGAUCCUCCUGGCUUCUCUCGCACCUCCCUCGAACAGGACGAUUCAACUGUGAGUCGCCAGAAGAAGGAUGCCGAAUCUACUUGGAAAGCGCAGAAAGCUUGGGAAGUUGCGCAGGCCCCAUUCAAGAAUUUGCUAAUGAUGGGCUUCAUGAUGUGGAUGGCUGGAAGUACAGUGCAUUUGUUUAGCAUUGGAAUCACAUUUUCUGCUCUUUGGCAGCCCAUAAGUGCCUUACAGGGUGUAGGAAAGGUUUUUGAGCCCUACAAGGACAGCAAAGUAGAUCUUAUUGCCCCAAAGUUGCUAUUCAUUGCCCUUAAUUUGGGAGGUUUAGCACUGGGUGUUUGGAAGCUUAACACUUUGGGGUUGCUUCCUACACAUGCAUCUGAUUGGGUUUCAUCCUUACCCCCUGCUCAGGAGGUUGAGUACUCAGGUGGUGGCAUUCCUCUAUAUUGACAUCAAUGUUGGGCUAAUCUCAAGAUAAAAAGAUGAAUGGCAUUUGCAGACGCAGGAUGAGAUCCUAUUGCUGUUUACUGGCAAACGACACAUGGCUGGUCUCUAUAAUGUGAUUCUUUCGAGUUCUGAAUGAUAUAACUAAAUUUUGUGGCCGUAGACACUGAGCCUGUAGUACUUGUUCUAGUGACUCAAUUGAUUAUCAUGAAAUCUAUAUUUUAACACUUUAAUUUUGCUAGCAGUUUUGAU